AUGAACGUCCUGGUGUUGUCCCUGCUGGUGGGGUGUGCCCUGGCAGCCUCGGCGGAUCGACCAAGGCGAGACUUUCAAGGCAAUGGACUUAAUCACCAGUCAUCUCUGGGCGGCUACCUUCCACCACGACCAUACAACUGUCAGCCUUCCACCGUCUACCGUACACAGACGCAGUACUCCACCCAGGUCAUCCCCUCCACCGUCUACAAGACUGACGUACAGUACGUCACCCAGACAUCUGUACGCACUCAGCAGGUCUAUACCACCAUCUACUCCGAGAUCGUCAGAACCCAAGUGGUGCCGUCCAUCCAGUACCAGACAGUGACCGUCACCCGUACCCAGGACAACGUCCGCACACAGGUCAUCACUCUACCUCCCCAAAUCAACUAUGUCACACAGACGCAACAAGUCGUCAACACACAGGUUCAAUACCAGACCGUAUACUCGACCCGCAUUCAGCAAAUACCAUCAACAGUUACCAGGACUAUAGUUUCUACACAGGUGGUUCCUCAGCAGGUAAUCAGCACAGUCUACCAGACCCAGUAUGUGACCAGCACCCUGCAGCUUCCUGGACAGACCCGCACCAUAGACAGUACCCAGUACAGCACCAUCUACUCCACCGUGGUAAUACCAGGCCCAGAUGUCUACCAUACACAAACUGUAGUCAGGACCAACGUCGUCACCCAGACCAUCACCCAGCCAGGCCAGACCCAGUACAUCACCUCCACCCAGGUGGUUCCCGUCACCACCACCAUCUACUCCCAGGUGGUGGUCACCAACACCCAGACACAGUACGUGACCCGCACCCAGGUACAGCAGGUGGUCUCCACCUACUACAGUACACGGCAGGUGCCACAGUACAUUACCAGGACCAUUACCGUUCCACAAGAAGUAGUGAGGACCCAGGUAUCAACACAGGUGGUGCCCACAACCAUCUACACCCAACAGGUGGUACCAUCUGUGGUCAACCUGCCAGCCCAGACCCAGUAUAUCACCGUCACCAGAACCUCCGUCAGCACCCAGCAGCUGCCAGGCCAGACCCGCACCCAAUAUCAGACCACAACCAUCUUCAACACCAACUACGUCACCUCAACAGUUGUCAACCAGCAGUACAACACCGUGACGGCCACCAGUACCUACCAGCCCACCUGUAACACCGGCUACAACUACCGAGCACCAUCGAAGCCAUUCAGCCCUUAUGGUCGUUAA